AUGCAAGCUCAAGCAGGGAGUCGAUUCCUCCGGUUGCCUGGUGAAGUGCGAAACAAGAUCUGCGAGCACGUCCUGACAGGAUCCAGCCCAAUCUACUGCUUCAAAUCCGAGACCGAUGAGGUAGCGUUCAACUUCUUCCGGUCGUCAGAUCCGGGUUCGCCAGCCGAAGGCAUCAAUCAGAUGAAAUUCGUCUGCCGUCAACUUCGACACGAGACAGCACGACUACUUCUGGGGCCAUGCCGCUACCUUGUGUUCCCCUUUGCCUGCGCGACUGAGGCUUCCGCUGCUGCAACCUGCACGCUCUUCUUAGAGAGAUGUACAGCCCAGCAGAUAGAUGCACUCGAGGUGGUCGAGGUCCAGGAGCAGGUUACCCGCAAUGUCCGGAGCUUCUACAAGAAGCUAUUUGACUUGCAAGCUAUGGGUGUCCUCGUCGAAUUCGCUCGGACGCACAACCAUCUCACCUUCAACGUCAUCUUGGAGUGCUUCACAUCGCCUCUAACCUGCACUUGCCUAUCCACCAUAGCAGGAAUCGUCCAGCUUGCCUCCCGGAAACGGUAUACUGCACCGUUCUACCACUAUGGGUUUGAUCGACUUACCGUAGACACUCUGGGCCGUAUGUCUCGCAAAUGGAGUGGCUAUGGCGUUAUGGCAGCACCAUUUCCUCAGAACAUCAAAUUCUACCCUGCGUACAACUUUGAGACCGGGGAUGGGUGGAAAUUCUACAACGCGAGGCCUUUCCAGGGCAUUUGA